GAAGAGUGAAGAGUGGCUCCACUUAUGGCUCAAUAAACGAAACAUUAAUUCAUAUUUUGUGUUCAUUUUCUGUCAAUUCAUUCAUCCAUUAGUGAAGACAUCUUUACAUCGCUUUUGAUUUGAUCCACUGAUCCGUCGAUAUUAUGGCCGAUAAGAAAGACACCGACAGUAAGGAUAAGAAGGACUCGAAGACCGCGAAGGACUCCAAAGAUAGUAAAGUGGAUAAAAAUGACACGAAAUUGGAUUUGGGUUUACUUGAAGAGGACGACGAGUUUGAAGAGUUCCCCGCAGAAGUAUGGAAAGAGAAGGACGAAACAGAGGAAGAGGUGAACCUCUGGGAAGACAAUUGGGACGACGACAACAUCGAGGAAGACUUCAGCAAACAAUUGAAAUCCGAAUUAGAGAAGAAGUCUUUUGCAUAACGUGUCAAACAAUGGCUUCAAUUGUUUUUUGUGUUUGUUUUUUACCCUAAUUUAUAACAAAUUUGUCUCAAAUCUAAGCGAAACCAAUGCUUUAUUUUGGCUUUAAAUGCCUUUUAUAUAAAUAAAUCUAAAAUUAUUUGUUUAUAA